AAGCGAUUCAUUCAUAGCAGAACUUUGACCCUUCAGUGUUCAGUCUGAGGUGAACCAUCAAACACGCAUCCUCCCGGUAAUAAUAUGACAGUCCAAAUGUCUUUCAGUUGGGCUGCAGCCUCACGUUUCCUGGAUUCUUCCUGGUUUAUUUCUAUCAAAUCAAAACAUUGUGCUGUGAUCUGCUUUUCUGGACUGGCUGUUUCUGCUGCUGCUCUCUACUGGAGAAAGAGAUGUGAGAAUGCUGAGAAGAAAAAUGAUCAAUUACAACAUGACAAUAAGCAGUUAAAUACAGAAAAUAUUGAUCUGAAGGAGCAACUGAAGGAAAUACAAGGUGAAAAUGCUGAGCUAAAGAAGAAAAAUGAUAAACUACAAACUACAAUGAAUAACGUGAAAGGAGAACUGGAGAACCAGAAACAUCAACAUGUAGAAAAACUUAAAGAAGUUGAGAAUGAAAGGAGGAAAAAUAAAAAAGAGCUUCAGUCAGAGGAAACUAAAAUUACAGAUGAAGGAAAUACUGAGGACAAAGAGUCGUUUUUAAGGAGGAAGGAGGAUCUCCUGACGUCUCAGUGGAAACUGGAUGAGAACAAGAAACUUUGUGAAAGGCAGAUAUUAAACACAGAGAAAGUCCUGGAACCGAUAGAGAUGCUGCUGUCAACCCAAACAGGUACAAAGGAGGAUGUUUAAAACAGCAUCUAAAGAAGAUCAUAAUGUAACUAUAAUAAACUACAAUAAACUAUUUAAUUUACUAUGAUUGUUAUUUUACUUUCUGGGUUUUACUGGAAUUAAAAUUGUUUUUGAAAAAAUCAUGAAUCCAGUUCAGACAAGAUAAACAAAUAAGAUUUAAUGAACUUUAAUUAAGUGUUGAUUUAUAACAAAUAAAAUCAACAAUUCAAAAUAAAAAAAAAAUGGCUGGAAAAUAUAUCUUUACGCAUAUUGAUUUUGAAAAACAUUAGAAUAUUAAAACUCAUCAAUUCUUGAUUUUGGUAAAAAUAAGUAAUUUUUUUAAUUUGAUAAAAACUCAUCAUUAUGUAGGAUAGUUUAGCUCAGCUGGUCAGAGGUGGAGGAGUGUUGUUGUUGUUGUUGUUGUUGUUGUUGUUGUUGUUGUUGUUAGCAGCUGCUGAAUGUAACUAAAGAAGUUACUUUUAAUGUAACUUAGUUACUUUCCAAAUCAAAUAAUCAGUAAUCUAAGUUACUUUUUCAAGGAGUAAUCAGUAAUCUGAUUAAUGUUUCUUUUUCAGUGUAACUAUGCCAUCAUUGUUGUUUGUUUUUAGAUUUGAUGUGUUUUUUAUUUUUGCUCUAUUAUUUUCAUUAUUCAUCAUUUAGGUCUG